AUGACGCCCAGCAGCUGCGCGGUGCUCAUCUCCAGCCUCUUCAGCUGGUGCAGCGUGAGCGAGCGCAGCCUCUCCUUCAGGCCCAGCAGCGGGUUGAGUGUGAGUACUUUAGCCACAUCAGGUGAUGUUGUGUGUUUACCCUCGGUUGCCAUUUUGGCCAAGAGCUGGUCUGCGAGCUCCUGGGGGAAGAGCACAGCUUCCCUGAAGCACAGGGACCCGUCGGCACGCUUCACGCACAAGCACUCCAGGUUCUGGCUCACGAAGGAAGGACGCGUUAAACAAGUUACAAGCAUGUGGAUAUGCGAAAAAACCACCAAAGGUAAAGGAAAGGGGAUGGUUAAAGACGAGCUAAAAGGACCAGAGGUGUGCAAAGAUCCAGUCCGGUUGACUUCUUAUGCAGUGGGGGCCAACAUCUACAAACAGGGAGAAGACCCCAAACUCAAACCAGUGGAGGAAUACCCAGAGUGGCUCUUUCAGUUGAACCUGGAGGCGCCCUACAAGCUCCACGAGCUGGAGGAGGAAAGCUGGGCGUACUGGAAGCGUCUCCGAAAGGAAAGCAUUUGGCGUCACAACAGAUUGCAUAAAGGGAAGAAGUUCUAGACUGGACUGAAAUCAACUUGGUUGUUUAUAUCAUGUCACAGCAUUUAAUGACUCUAAUGUACAUGUGUUCAUAUUUGUUUUUUUAAUGUCCAUCUCCUCAUUAAAAAAAAACGUUUCCCCAUUGUUGUGCAAUUUAAUUUUCUUACUUCACUGCCAGCCUUCCCAGUUAACAUGGAUAUUUGACUUCUAAAGCAGUGAAUGUGUUUUAAUUAGCAUAAUGUGAUGAUACAAGUUACAUUUUCAUCAAGAAACCCCAAAUAUUUGUUUUGGAUAAAAGUAAAUGUUUUUAAAUCUUUUUUUAUGAACACUGCACACUUAUUGGUGUGGUCUUACGAAUGCUAGUUAUGUUAGCUAAAUGCUAAUAGAGGAACUUUCACAAUGGCUGGGAUCCAGAAACUGCACUUCGCUGUAAAUCAACUCUGUAGAUAUCACUAUGAUGCUUACUUCAGAUAAUUUGCUGUGCCAUCACUGCUUCUGUGGUGGCGUCACAAGGAUUGCUAUGAUAUGCUGUGAUGUAUUUGUAUUGCUCUGUUUAUUUUCUUCCUUGACCAAAAAAGAAAAGAAAACUGCA